GGCAAAGAUAACAAAACCAUUUCGCUGCAUAUUGGGAUACCUAUUCAGUACAGUUUAUAAAUAAUUCGUUGUGGAAGAUUUAAUGGUUUCAUACCUAAAGGAAAGCUAUGUGUCUUCAUUAAUAUUUUAAGAUCGUUCAGGAAAGUGGAAUAAUGUGCGUCAUAAUAACGUCUGUCACUGUUUUCUAGCAGUUUAAAUUCCUGUUGGUAUAGGCGACGUUUGUGAUUGAAAACUCGACUUUCUUUACGUUUGGAAUUAGCCAUAAAUGUACCAACAUUUCAAACGUCUGUUAAUUAACCAGAAACUAUGGUUCCUGAUGGAGUGACCAGAACUUCGUCGCAGACCCCAUCUAGACAGCUAGUGUUAGGGCUUUGCUGAUCUCGCGUUACACAUUGUUACCAACCGCUAUAUGACAACGUGGCUAUUUAAUUGGAAAUUGUAUUAUUCCUUUGGCAAAAGGUUUUUUUCAGUAGCGUGCAGUUUGUGUAUAACAUACAGCUGUAUUGUAUUGGGAGAGUGUAAAUAUUCCCACCCACUGUUUGAGCCUGAGGAUUAUAACAAUCUCGGAAUGUCCCUAAUACCUGGAGUAUGAUGAAUGGUUUACAUUAAGUUAACCAAACACAUGUAAGGUGUGUUUGAUCUCGUCGAGGCCUACCAGUACACCGGAACAGGGAUUACAUAUGCCUACACCUGUCUGUGCUAAUGUAACGGGCGGUAGUAUGCACGAAGACAGCGUCCUAUGUAUACGGACACCCAAUGGAGUACAAAUUGGCCCUAUCCGAGUUCCGGUGGCCAAUACGUACGAUGUGGAUAACGAAUACGACAACAUAAUGAACAAGGCCUUACGGUCUUACAAACUACAUAGGGACAAAGAGAGGGCGGACACUCGACAAAAACUGCUCAAAACCGCCUACAAGAAACGUUGGCAUGUCCCCCACGCCCCCUCUAGGCCGGUUACCCCAGACCGGAAACCACGCCCUAAAUCAUCAUUGCCUCCCAAGAUGGACGCCAUCAAGGAGGUUCUGGAGGCCAAUACAACCAACGAAAGUUACGACAGUACGGAACCGAAGAAGCCGGUUGACGUAAAGCGCGUGACAUUAUCAAUGGACGCUCCAUCAAUGUCCAACUCGUUUAUGCGGCGGAAUCAGACAAGUCAGGCGUGGUACAGUCAUAGCUGUCCCUCUACUAGUUACCUCAACAGUCACAUGAUGCGGCAGUACCAGUCGAGCGGAUCUGCUAGUCCCUCUUCAUCAACGUCUAGUAAAUCUUAUUCUGGCUCCGGUGCAUCAACAAGAGCCUCGUAUUCACCCCAGCUCAAGAAAAAGACUGAGUCGUCGCCCAAAAAGCGACCUGAAUCUGCAAAGACAAAUUAUUCUUAUGAUGGAGGUAUUUUCGUACCCAAUAAACCAAAACAUGACUACUUUGUGAUCCACCCUGAUUGGGUGUCAGAGGCCAUGUCCAUACAGAAAUUAAGUCUGAAGGAGCGCCGCCCUGUCAGUAGGACUGGUACUUGGCCGGGCAGGCGUUGUAAAAGUGCUCCCCCUCCCAAACUUCGUAACCCUAUCACAUGGGACGUUGUUCAUGGGGUGGACCAUAAGUAUUGAAAUAAAGGUGUACGUAUAGCAUCACAGGUAUAAAAUAAAUGCCAUAGUUCGUGCAAGCGCUGUGAAAUAAUGGGAUUAAUGGCGACCAAUCAUGUUCAUGUCGUGUCUUAGCUUGUCGAGCUGUUAUAAACGCAAUGCUGCAUUUAAAAUCAGGAGGACAUGUGGAGCUGAUGUCAUGCGCGUAUCGCUGUCUUUGUUGCAUUUAUAGUAUACUAUUACUUCACGCACAUACAUUGUGACUUCCGGUGCAUAUACAUUGUAGCGGGCAUUUUGCUUUCCGGUCUACAACAUAUAGUCUGGAUAUAUUGAAAGCACUGUGACUUCCGGUCAACGCACAUGCACUGUGGCUUCACAUAGGCAACACUGGUUAUGUAGCAAGCACAGACCUUUAAUCAAGAACAUGGAUACUGGUUACGUAGCAAGCACAGACUUCCAAUCAACAACAGGGAUACUAAAUAUAUAGCAUUCGUUGUGACUUCAGAUUGCCAACAUUUAUGUAAACAAUGGAUAUAAAGCAAACAUUGAUUGUCGAAGCUGGCCAGAGAUGGGUGGAAGUUGCUUGUGACGGAAGCUUGACAAGGAACAGAAACAUGUAAUUCCAGUGUCUACAUUUUAGGUUAGUUAAGAUGGCGUGGUCUCCUCAAUAGUUGAGGAGAUCUGCUUGGACAAUAUCCGGACAUCAGUUAGGAUGAUUUGUUUACGAGUAUAGUAUAUCAGUUAGAGCACUCUCCACUUUCCUUAUACAUAACUGACAUUACAACAGCUGGACCUAAUUUCAUGUAGACGUUUCAUUUUGUCAAAACUGUCUUAGCAAUAGUUGUACAAAUAAGACUUUUGAAUAGCAUGAAUAGUUGUAGAUCUUUUAAGUUGUUUUAACGUUUUAAAACAGUUCUUAUAAUUUUUAAAAGUUAAGGUGAAGCCAUAACUUCAUUUUCAUGGAGAAAAUUGACAUAAUAACUUACAUUCUCUAGUCAUUCUUUCAUUAGAUAAAGAUCUAUAGAAGUUAAGAGUUUGUACGGUUAAAACAGUUCAUCGUUGAAUUUAAACAUAUGUAAUCUGUAAGUAUAAAAUUAUGGAGUUUUGCAACAUGUUGUUAUGGUAACUAUCAGGAUUGAACCCGAAGGAUUAACGAGAAUCAGCACCUUCCUGAUUAAGUUUCCAGUACGCUGAUUUGACGAGGGGAACAAGUGUCCUUAUCACGGAUGUAUUGCCAUUUCCAUCAUUUCUGUGUCAUCUACAGGACAUGCGCGAGAGAAUGUAUUUGUAAGAAUUAACAUUUCGAUAUAUAUCUAUAUAGUAACCUUGACCCUGAUAUUUCUGUCUCCGACAAAUUAUCAGGCAUAAUGGAUUUUACAGAUUAAUGAGACAUUUAGUGUCACGGUAGGAUAUGGCUACCUUUCUGUUACCUAUACACAAUUUCCAAAAUCGUUCCGCUACCAUACUGUAGCAUAUACCCCCAUUUAGUAGAUUUCCGAUUGCUUCCUUUUAAAUUUAUCUCCCUUCAAAAAUAAUUCCUAUACAUUUAUGCAAAUGUGCAAUGUGUCAGGUAAAAUAUACCCUGAACUCUAGCAUAUAUCACAGAUACAACGUGUAAGGUAGGAUAUCACUUAAACACAUAGCUCAUGGUCAAUGUGUAAGGUAGCAUAUAUUCUUAACUUUAACACAAAUCAAGGUUUUAAUGCGUAAAGUAAUAAAAAUCUAUAUAACAAUGUGUAGCUCUAUCCCGGAUUAUUAAGACUCCGUUGUACCAGGUCGGUGGCGUGCGAGGUUUGUACAUGUGUAUGUGUUGUUUUCACUUGGCAGUGAUAUUUGUACGACGUAUGGUCACUAUUGAAAAGUGACGAUCUGUAUUAUUGCGCGAUUUAUUUGCAUAGAAAAUUAAAGUCAUUCCUUUCUCGUA